UGUGGGCCAUUUGAAAGCAACCUUUUUUGCGCAAAAUUGAGCUACAAUUUCAUUCUUAUUAUAAAAAAUCGAAAUUCAAAAUGUACCAUAAAGCGAAAGAAAAUCAGAGAUUAGCAAGAAGAAUCGCCCGAUCAAAUAGAAGAGAAAAAGAUACAUAGACUCACAAUCACGCAACAUUUUGUACUGUAGAAAAAGGAAAAAUAAACCAACAAGAAACACAACUGGUUUUCGUUUUUUCCGUUUAUCAGAUAUUUUAAGCCUUCAGCCGAUCGCACAGCAGAGGGAGGGAAAUUUAUUUGAUAAAAAAAUGGGACAGGCGUUUCGCAAGCUGUUUGACACCUUCUUUGGAAAUAAGGAGAUGAGGGUUGUGAUGCUUGGAUUAGAUGCAGCUGGUAAGACAACAAUAUUGUACAAGCUACACAUUGGGGAAAUUCUAUCAACAGUUCCUACCAUCGGUUUCAAUGUUGAAAAGGUGCAAUACAAGAAUGUCAUGUUUACAGUAUGGGAUGUUGGUGGUCAGGAAAAACUAAGGCCUCUUUGGAAGCAUUACUUCAGCACCACCGAUGGGCUGAUAUAUGUUGUUGAUUCUGCGGACAGGGAGAGAAUUGGAAAGGCAAAAGCAGAAUUUCAGGCCAUUGUGAACGACCCUUUAAUGAGGAAUAGUGUUAUCUUGGUCUUUGCAAACAAACAGGAUAUGAAGGGAGCCCUGUCUCCUGCGGAGGUCUGUGACGGGCUUGGUCUUUUCGAUUUGCGUAACAGAAGGUGGCACAUUCAAGGUACUUGUGCUACAAAGGGAGAAGGUUUGUACGAAGGAUUGGAUUGGUUAGCAGCCACUCUAAAGGAAUUGCAAGCUGCUGGAAUAUCUACCUCAGUAGGUGGUUCAGCUGUCCGAUGAACCAGGGUUUGCAUGAAUUAUUCCUUGACUAUGCUUCCAAGUUUGGACAUAUGGGAAGAGUUAUAUACAUCCACUUCUUUCACUUGAUAACAUUUACUCUUCAUGAGACAGCUUGGACUUGUUUAAGAAGAUAAAGGCUGUUGCAGUUUCAAUGUGUCAUAUUUUUGGAUCUUUUCUUUGCUGUACUACAUGAUGCAAAGAUGGUGGUAAAUAUUUCAGCAGACCCGUUUUUAAGUACAUGUAUUGUAAUGAGGGAUGCUCCUUAAGCUCCCUUACUUGUUGAUCGAGCUCCCUGUCUAUAUGCUGAGUGGACAGAAGCCUUAUUUGCUAUUGUCAGCCGUCUUUCAGUUCUCAUUUAUGUGAAGUGAUUCACUUUCACUGAAAAUCCCGAUUGGUCCAUUUCAAUGUGAAUUGAUUCACUUUCACUGAAAAUUCCAUUUGGUCUAUUUCAGUCUAAGUCCAUGUUUUGUGGUGUAAAUAUUUUAUUGUUUCCAAGCUCAUUUGUAUCGGGAUUC